CUGGGACCUGGCGCUGCGGGAGCACGCCGCCGUCAACAAGAAAGGAAUUUAUGAUGAAGCAUUAAGCAGUUUCUUUAGGAACGUAGAUACAAGGUUGGCUGCAAUAGAAACAUCUGUUUUCUCCCUAAAGAAGAAGGACUUACCUUACUGAAUACUGCAGAAGUUUCGAGGAAGAAUCCCCUACCUAUGAAACAGAAGAAUGAUUAUUCAAAUCCCAUCUUUUCCAGGCGCUGUUCAUUUUCCUGUUGAAAUAAUUCCCACUUUUAACUGGAGACUUGAAACACAGUUUAGUUAUGAAGAGUCAUUUCAAACUCUUGCUCAGGCUAAGUGGUGGUGGUCCUGAUAUUUACAAAGGAAAAAUCUGCUCUUUAAAAGCACGAGUAAGGCAAUCUAUAAAGGCACUGUUGAUUGACAUGGAGGAGGGUGUGGUAAAUGAAAUUCUGCAGGGACCAUUGAGGGAUGUGUUUGAUAGCAAGCAGCUUAUCACAGAUGUUUCUGGUUCAGGAAACAACUGGGCUGUAGGUCAUAAGCUAUAUGGCUAUCAGUACCGGGAAAACAUUGUGGAAAAGCUGAGGAAAGCUGCAGAACAUUGUGACUGUCUACAGUGUUUUUUUAUAAUUCAUUCUAUGGGAGGUGGGACAGGAUCUGGUCUCGGAACUUUUGUGCUAAAUUUGCUUGAGGAUGAAUUCCCAGAAGUAUAUAGAUGCGUUACUUCAGUUUAUCCCUCUGGUGAAGAUGAUGUUAUUACUUCUCCAUAUAACACUGUUCUGGCUAUGAAGGAGCUUAAUGAACAUGCAGACUGUGUGCUACCAAUAGAGAAUGAAUCUCUGUUUGAUAUAGUUAAUAAAAUUCAUCAGAUGAUCAAUUCUGGGAAGCUAGGGUCAACUGUGAAGCAAAACAGCUUGGUAACAUCAAGUGCAGGCAGUGCAAAAACUGUACAAGAGAAGCCGUUUGACGCAAUGAAUAAUAUCGUAGCUAACUUGCUGUUGAACCUGACAAGCUCUGCUAGGUUUGAAGGUUCGCUUAACAUGGAUCUUAAUGAAAUCAGCAUGAAUUUGGUUCCAUUUCCUCGACUUCAUUACUUGGUUUCAAGCUUGACUCCUCUGUAUACGUUAGCUGAUGUUAAUGUACCUUCUAGAAGGUUGGAUCAGAUGUUUUCAGAUGCUUUUAGUAGAGAACAUCAACUAAUUCAAGCAGAUCCAAAGCAUAGCCUCUACCUUGCCUGUGCACUUCUCGUUCGAGGAAAUGUGCAGGUUUCAGACCUUCGCAGAAAUAUUGAAAGGUUGAAGCCUUCCCUGCACUUUGUCUCCUGGAACCAAGAGGGCUGGAAAACUGGUUUGUGUUCAGUACCUCCUGUGGGCCAUUCCCAUUCCCUUCUGUCUUUAGCAAACAACACCUGUGUAAAACCAACUUUCAUUGAACUCAAAGACAGAUUUAUGAAGCUCUAUAAGAAAAAGGCUCACCUUCACCAUUAUCUGCAUAUAGAUGGAAUGGAGCAAAGCUGUUUUUCUGAAGCCAUAUCGUCUUUGUCUGACCUAAUAGAAGAGUACAAUGAACUGGAUGCUACAAAAGGUGGGCCUAGAACAGACCCAUCAAGACUGAAGAUAGCUGUUUAAAGAAGGAAGAACUGGUUUGGUUUUUGUUUUUUUUUUUUAAAAAAAAAAAAAAUCCCCCAAGCAUCCAACCACUUCAGUUAACCAGAAUGAAUUGCAGCAUGCCUAGCUAUUGUAAUUCCAAAGUGAGACUGGGACAAUGGCUUCGUCAGCUCUGAGAGGUGUCAUAUUAAGUGACAAGGCCCAGCCUGUAAAAGAUUUGAAGCCACCUAAUUAUAGUGGAUAUCAGUAAGAGCAGUCUUCCUUACUGUAGAGUAAAUUGACAUACCAUAUGCUGUAAAGAAAAGAAAGAGAGGUUAUAGCAGCCAAAAAUGUAGUUCUUUUCUCAGACUUUCAGCUUACAGUAAACUAAAGGCAGGCCUUGCUUCAAAGAAGGAUCACUGUUGCUAGAUUUGUUUUUUAACAAGCAACUAUGAAGAGAAGAAAAGCCCCCAUAGUCUUUUAAAAGGUGAAAGUAAGUCUCUAAUGAAACUGGGUUCUUAAACUUUGCAGGAUAGUAGUCAUUUCAGAAUGCUCGAAGCUAUGUUCAUAGCUUUAAUUUUUCUUCUUCCAUGUUGUACUUAGCAGUAUUAGAGCAUUGUGAGUUGAUAUCAAAAUUGGCAAUAUCAGAAAAUUCAACAAAAUAAAUUUUGUUUCAAGUAUUAUACUUGGAGUAUUAACUAACAUUAUUUUAAUGAUUCAUAUUCAUGAAUGCUGAGUUGCACUUGAUAAUGGGGUAAUACAAUAUACCUCUGAGCGAAACAUGUACUUAUAAUGAAGUUAUAAUGACUGUUCAGAGAAGAAAGUUUAUAUGCUUAAAAGAAUGCAAGUAAAAUAGAUGUUUUAAUAUUUAUAAUAAUAAGGGUAAGUAGAUUUUUAUAUUACAGUAAGAACUUUUACAAAACAGAACGUACAACUAUUUCCAAUUGCUUGCCAGCUUUGGCUGUCUUGGAACAGCAAGACUAGCGAACUGUUACAAAUCAGAAUGGAUCAAUACAAUGAGUUCUUAAAGCUUGAAGUCCUUCUAGCAGAGUUGGAGUGGGUGUGUAAGUAAAUAAGCACAGUUUUCAAUGUGUAAGUCCAGAAGUAUUCAAGAAAACAUUGUGAUAUCAUUUGAGUGCAUUUUUCUAAGAAAACAUUCUAAAAAUAGUCAUUUCCUUGAAGUUUUGCAUCUAUUAUCUGCAGGUGCCCGCUUAUUUGUUCCUUUACAAGUGCAUUGUUUAUAUUCAUAACACUAGAGAAAGAUUAUCUGCUGCAAAAAGCAAUCUGAGCUUAAAAUUGACGAUUUCUGUUUGAAGCAGCAUUGAUGUGUUUUACUAUUGCAGAUACAUAGUAGAAAAAUGUUAAUUUGAGAAUCAAGAAUGAUAGAUGAAGUAUUACAGGGUAAUUUUUUUUUUCUAAUAGGUUAGAGCAUCUGUGAAUUUACAUGUAGUUGUCUUUGUGAGCAACAACUUGUUAGAGUGGGGUAUGAAGCUGUCUUGCUGUACCUUUUUCAAUUACUAAAAGUUCUUGUUUUGAUAAUACUAGUGUUAUAUGCAUCCUUCUCAAGAAUGUAUUUCCACAUAUAAAAACAAUUAUGUUUAAAAA